AUGGGGGAGGAGAUAAUAUAUGGAGAUGUGACAGAUCUUGCGGAGACGAUUGCACAUUUGGUGAUCCAUACAUCACUGAUAGAAAUGCCCAUGGCAGCUCCUAGUGGAACCACUACUUUUGAGGGUAUGGCUAAUACAAGGAAAAAUGCUACGAGGAAUGAGGAAGGCAAUGAUGAGAAAGAAGUUCUUCUCCAAGCUCGACCCCAAGCAUCUCCUCAAGCUCCAGUUGAUCUUUCGGAUAUGUCGAAUGCGGAGAUUGGGUUGGCUUUCCAAAUGUUUACACAAGCCAUGACGACUCAAGUCAGUAGGGAAAUGAUUGUUUCGUUGAACACUAAUGAGAAUUUCACGGCUUUAAGAGUGAGGGAUUUUAUGAGAAUGAAAUCUUCGGAGUUUUAUGGCUCCAAAGUGGUGGAGGAUCCUCAAGGGUUUAUAGAUGAGGUGUAUAAGGUGCUAUCUAUCAAGGGGGUGAAUUCGGUAGAGAAAGCGGAGUUAGUUGCUUACAAAUUGAAAGAUGUAGCACAAGUAUGGUAUAAGCAAUUGAAGGAUGGUAGACUGGUAGGAGCGGGACCAAUAGAGUGGGAAGUGUCCAAAUUAGCAUUUCUUGAUAGGUUCUUUCCCCGAGAGUUGAGGGAAUCUAAGGUGGAAGAGUUCAUAAACCUUAGGCAAGGUUGUAUGAGUGUUAGGGAGUAUGCCUUGAAUUUUACCCAAUUAUCCAAGUAUGCUCCAUUUAUGAUGGUGGAUUCGAGAGAUAUGAUGAGUAGUCAAAAUUCAAGGAAAAAGAAUAGGGAGGCAAAAAUGGAUAGGACCGUUGAUGUGAACUUCUCCAAUACUAAUUACGAUGAACAAAGUAGACCUAAGAAUUCCGGUCAAGAUUCUAAAAAAACCCCUAGGUUUGACCAAGAAAAAGGUAGUGGGUCUCCAUUACCUAAGCCUACUUGCACCAAGUCUGGGAGAAAUUACCAUGGUAAGUGCCUAGCCGGCAUGGAGGGGUUUUAUGGUUGUGGAAAGAAUGGGCACAAAAUGAGAGAUUGCCCGGUGCUUAAGGCUAAGUGA